AUGAACAAUGUUGAUCUGCACAGGAGAUUUCAAUCAAUUUCUGUAGCAGUUCGCAAAAGCGUGCUCUCCAAACCGCAGUAUUCGAACGGGAACAUCCGUGCGUUUACCUCAUUGGCAUGCAAAUUUGUGCAUGAGCUAGUGACGCAUCCAGAUUUUUCUCAUAGAGUUGUGGUUUGUGAAAUGCUCGUUGUAGCGUUGUUGGCUGCUUUUCACACAGCACUGGUUGAAUGCUCUUUUCCGGACAUUCUUUUGGUUCAAAUAAUUUUGUUUCUUAUUUUGAGUGUUCUAUGGUAUUUUAAAUGGCGUUCAAUUUGUAGACCGCUAGCAAACCACUCCAAGAUUCUCAAAAUUUGCAAGUUUCUUGAUUUUCUACACGAAUCGGUAAAAUCCAACGAGGCCGUCAUCUACCCCAUUGUGUUUACGGAGCCUUUUUACCCUGCGCUGCAAUUUGUCAGGAUAUACUCGAACGCCGGCGGAGACACUUUGUCUUGGAUUCCCUUUGAUCUUUGUUCGCCUGCUGAUCUAAUUUCAUUGAACGAUCUUCUGAACCUAUCUAACAUCGAUUCCUCCGUAUUGACGCAAAUUGACCACCGCAGCAAGGUGGUAAAAAAAAUCAACGGCAAUGUGAUGCAUUUUUGCAAAAUUAAUGCAUUCCCCUUGUGUUCCAAAAUCGAUAUCUUAUCAAGCAAGCAAGGUGGCAUCAAUGGUAAGACAGCACUUGUUUUUUCUAGACGGGAACCCCGAAAACAUGUUCAAAAUGCAAUUUUUGGCACACGUUAUCAAGGCAUAUCCUUUCUGUGUAAAUCGAUCCCAAAUCUUGCUGAUUUUUUUGUUUGCUUCGCUGCUUGUGAGUUUUGCUUGGCAUUAUCAAAAGCGCUCGCUCG